AUGGACGACAGCCCCCUGCCCAGCGGCCUCGAAGUCUUCACUACCUGCCCUGAACUACUCUUCAUCUGGGAGCUUCUAAGAGGCUCGGAGAACACCUGUGAGGACAGUGGACCCCUCACCCAGCAGGUCUUGGGGGCCCCGGUGUGGAUCCUGAUCGCCUUGUCCCAGGUGCCCCUCCCCCUGUUCCAGGGCUGGGUGAUGUUCGUGUCUGUGUCCUGUUUCAUAGGCACCACAGCCCUGCUCUUCCUCUACCUAACUGGUGCCAAUAAAGGGAAUAUUCCCUGGGUUGACCUGGACACAGCCUACCACUGUAUCGCCGCCCUGUUUUACCUCAGCACCUCCUUCCUGGAAGCUUUGGCCACCAUCUCCAUGGAAGAUAGUGUCACCUACGAACAGUACCUUGAAAACAUCUCUGCUGCGAUGUUUUCAUACAUAGCAACGCUGCUGUACGUGGUCCAUGCAGUGUUUUCUGUAGUCAGAUGGAAGUGGCCUUUGCUAGACGACAGCUGA